AUUAUUUUUUCAAACGCAGAUGAAAAUAAACAAGAUAUACUUAAAACAGUUAAAGGUAAGUCUGGUAUUUAUAUGUGAAUUAAUUUGUUAAAUAAUAAAAAAUAUAUAGGGAGUUCUGUAGAUUUAAGACGAAGAUUUUUAGAAUACUAUAAUAUUAAUAGAUUAUUAAAUGAAACAAGUAUGCCAAUAUAUACUGCGUUAUUAAAAUAUGGUUAUAAAAAUUUUAGUUUAAUUAUAUUAGAAUAUUGUGAAGUUGAUAGUUUAAUAUUAAAAGAGAAAUAUUUCUUUGAAGAAUAUUCUCCUGAGUAUAAUAUAUUAAAAACUCCAGGUAGCCCUGAUAGAGGAUCAGGAUGAAAACAUUCAGAAGCUACAUUAGAAAUUAUGAGUAUUGCCGCACAAAAAAGAAAUGAAUCAUCAGAGUAUUUAGCUAAAUUAUCUUUAGCUCAAUCAAAUAGUACAGAAAUCGAAGUAUUGGAUAUAAAAACUAAUAUUUCUACUAAAUAUCAUGCUAUACGAGCAGCAGCUCGUGCUUUAAAUAUCGAUAAAAGAUAUAUUGAACAAUAUAUUUAUUUAAAUCAAGAUAAACCUGUUUUAGAUAGAUAUACAUUUAAAUUAUUAUUAAUAAGUCUAUAG